AUGAUGAGUUUUACGAGUAGAUUCCAUGAUGCCUUUGUCCAAAAUAACAUUAGCAUGGCUAUUAUGAUACUCAUUGAAGAAAAAUCGUCCGUAUCCUUGAUCGAUCGACUGGACGAAGUUGUUAUCAAGGAGCUGCAUAAAAACGAACAUAAGAAUGUUUCAUUGUUAUUACAAGCAAUUGAACAUCUGUUCAGUAAGGAUAAGGACAGCAUCCAGAAACUUGUUCAUCACGGCUUGGUUGUGAAGAUUUUUUACAUGUUGAAUUGGUUUGAGAUGGCGUCAGAGUAUAUUAAAGAACAGCACAAACCACCCAGGGACGCCAUGAAACUCAUAGAAGUUUUAUACGAGGUUGCAAUGAGUCUGUGUCAGAUCACCAUUGCAGGCAGCAGUAAGAUCCUGGAUAUAUUUCUUCUGCGGUUUGGAGCUGUAGUUUUGGAUUAUGAAGUGCCUUUCUGUCUGCGUCUAGAGGCCAUCAGAACCAUCAACUCUAUGUUGGACAGCAGUCCCAAAGACAUAAGGAAGAAACUCUGCCAGUCAGAUGACCAUACUGGGCUCUUAGAAGACUUGGCAAAAGCGCUGACAGACAUUGGUGAUUAUGAAAUGCAGGUGGCCAUCUCUGAAGCACUCUGCAGGAUGACACCAAGGAAACUAAGAGAAGACUUUGCUGGCAAAUGGUUCAGUUUCAGAAGCUUUGCUUCAGCUUUUACUUCAAUUCGUGACAAAGAUUUUGAAACUGACUGUAGGACUUUUCUGAAUGAACUCAAUAGUUAUUUUGGGAACUCAAGAAGAGUCUUCUCAUUCCCUUGUAUUCAGGCAUUUCUUGAUUCAGCUGAACUGUUCAAGCCUGAAGAUGAGUUUCUGAAAGAGUUUUGGGUGGAUUUCAACAUUGGCACAUCCACUAUUAGUUUCUUUGUAAAUGACCCACAGAACACACUGUGGGAGCUAAUUCACUUGCCUAAAGAUGUUGUCAGCAUGUAUGAACUUCAAGAGUGUGAUGAUCAGAAGAUAGUGGCUGUUCACAUGAGCACCCCAAUCUCUCAUGGAGAGAUCACUGGCAAAAUGGUCAAAAUCAUCUUUAGUUUAGAGCACAACAUCCAAACAGCCCUGACAAGAGUGUUUGCAGAGAAGCCACAGCCUGCCUCAGCCUCAAAGGACGCUCUGCAAUCAGGGGAUGCCGUGACCACGAUAGAAGGACCCCAGCAUGAACAAACAGUGAAGCUGCAAAAAUUUUCCAGUCCACCAGCUGGAGAAACUAAAGGCAUCCAUCAGCUUUCCCUUCGUUUGAGUGGACCAAGCAGAUAUUCAAUAUCAAAAGUCAAAGGAACCCCAGGCCAAGACAUCUUUCACUUUAAGGAUCAUUCAGAUACAGAGGUGAUCCUUGAGGUGUCUCAAUGUCUGAGUGACACUUUUGACACAGAACGAUCAGGGAAGUCACAUGACAAGAAGCCAAAGACUAUAACGUUCAUGACUGCUUUAUGGAGGUACCAGGUUGAACGUGCCAAGACUGUAUUGUUCUCUCAGACAACAUCUUCUAAUGGGUCUACAAAGUCCCUGCCUGACACUCUGGGUAGAACUCCUGUGAAGAAGAAAAUAAGGGUGAUGCAUUCAGAUGAAGGGUUUCUCCGCAAGGACACUCCACAUGCUGACUACAGCAGGAGAAAGCCCAGACCUAAGGGGAAACUCAGAGUUCUUCCUCUUUCCUCACCCAGCAGUAAUGAGGAGGAGUUCUUCAAGUAUUCAACACCCAAACAAAGACAAGUGGCAAGUAAAGACUGGCAGUCUCUAGGGAGAUCACUGAACAAAGAAUUUUCAUUACUGAAAAAGACCACUGCUGAUUCAGGUUUUCAAAACAAGACUGUUUCUGAAACCAGUUUACAAGAAGAGGAACUUAGUCUUAUUGAAGAGGAGCACUGUUUGGAUAAAGAAACACCACUUCCCCCAAGAACAGAAGCACUUGAAUCAUCAGAGCUGUAUGUGAAAGGGGACAAGCAGCUGCCCAGACAACCAACAUUCCAACCUAGAAGACUUUUCCUGUCUAGCCCACUAGAGGAUGCUGCAGAGCGAAUAACUGAAGUGUUGAUGGAAGAUGAAUCAGAGGAAGAGUUGGGUGCAGGUGUCAGAGCUGCAUUUAAUGGCUUUAAGACUCAGUUGAGAGCACACUUUUCUAGCAGGUAUAAGAAGAUUGAAGCCAGAUCACUGCAAUCUUUAACGGACUGUCAGAGAAAUGUGACCUCUCUCUUGGGAACUGUACACAAUCAAAGGCUGGUGCAUCUGGAACAGUUCCAGGACUCUGUGGUGCAGCAGUUGGAAUGUUUGGAGAAGGACUGUCUGUCUCUCAAAACCAUCGAGAAGGAGACUGUGAAUUUCUGGCAGUCAGAGUCUGACACAGUUCGGGCAUUCUGUGAUGAACAGCAGAAGAGGUUGGAUACUCUCCUAAUCCCUCAUGUGGGUUCUGAAGCCUCGUUAAGUCAAUCAGCGAGAAGAGAGGCCAAAAUUACUGUGCCAACCUCUCCUCGAGGACAAUCAUCCCCUGUUGCCCUAUCAGAGAUCACCACUGCAGAUCCCUCAUAGGACUAAUGGUUUUUUUUUAUAUGCCUUUUUUGUCUGGAUUGUCUAC